AUGGUCAAGGAUACUGAAUACUACGAUGUGCUUGGGAUUUCCCCUGAUGCGUCGGCUAGCGAUAUCAAGAAGGCGUAUCGUAAGAAGGCAAUGUUGACCCACCCUGACAAGAACCCUAAUGAUCCUGAGGCUGCGAAGAAGUUUCAGGAAGUUGGUGAAGCAUACCAGGUUUUGAGCGAUCCAGACCUCAGAAGCCGUUACGAUGAGUUUGGUAAGGACCAGGCGUUGCCGGAGGAAGGAUUUGCGGAUCCGUCAGAGAUGUUCACGGAGAUGUUUGGUGGUGAGAACUUCAAAGAUUGGAUUGGUGAGCUCAGCAUGUUGAAGGAUCUGACCGAGACUGCUGAGGUUCUACAGGUUGAUGGUAACGGCAACGGUGAAGCUGCUGCUGAUGGAGCAGCUGACUCUACUGAUUUGCAGCACAAGGCUGACUCUGAAAAGAGCAACAAGCUGACAAAGGAGCAACGUGAACAGCUGGUCCAACUCAGAGAGAAGAAGAGGGCGGAAAAGCUGCAAAGAGUUGAAGAGUUGUCCAAGAAAUUGGACGCGAGACUGUCAAAAUUGAUCUUGGCUAUGAAGGACGAAGCAGCUUUCCAGAAAUUCAUCACAGAGCUGGAUAAGGAGAUUGACGAUUUGAAGAUGGAAUCCUUUGGCUUGGAAUUGUUACACGUCAUUGGUAAGGUCUAUCAUGUAAAGGCCAAUGCUUAUCUGAGAUCCAAGAAGACCUUUGGCCUAACCAGAAUCGUUUCCUCGCUACGUGAAAAGGGUUCCACUGCGAAGAGCGCGUGGAAUAUCCUUUCAACUGCUCUCGAUGCCCAAAACACCAUGGAAGAGAUGGCCAAAGCCCAAGAAAAGGGCGAGGAAUGGGAUGAUUAUCAAAGAGCUGAAUUCGAGCGUAAGAUGACUGGCAAAUUCGUUGCAACGGCUUGGGUCAGCUCCAAAUUUGAAGUUCAAGGUGUCCUUCGAGAAGUUUGUGAUCAAAUCCUUCAGGAUAAGUCAGUUCCUUCAAAGGAGAGAUCCUUAAAGGCUCAGGCCUUGUUGAUCAUGAGCAAUGAAUUCUUAAAGGCCGAAAGAUCUGAGGAAGAUGCAGAAGAGGCAAGAGUCUUUGAAGAGUUGAUGUACGAAGCCACUACUAAACCAAAGAAGAGAUGA